GUUAUUUUAGUCGGCCCCCUGUGUUCCAGGCCGGCCCCUCCCAAUCUGUCACAACAAACAAACCCCGAGAGCAGACUCGAGGAACGGACACCAACGCCGAGCCGCUCCGGUCCUGUGGCGAUGGCCCACCACGCUAACAUCUCAGUGACGGAAAGUCAGUUCCGCUGUCCCAUUUGCUUGGACGUCCUCCAGGACCCGGUGUCCAUCCCGUGCGGACACACCUACUGCAUGGCGUGCAUCAACGGCUACUGGGACCAGGCCGAGCCGCCGGAGCACUUCAGCUGCCCCCAAUGCCGGGAGGCUUUCAGCCCUCGGCCGGUGCUCCGCCGUAACACUGUGCUGGCUGAGGUGGUGGCCAAACUCAAGCCGAGAGAAGGCUUCACGUCGGAGCUCUACCCGUCCGAGCUCUACCACGGCGCCGCGGGCCAGGUGCCGUGCGAUUUCUGCCCGCUGGAGAGCAAGUUGGCAGCGACCAAGUCGUGCCUGGUGUGCCUUGCCUCUUUCUGCGAGUCGCAUCUGUUGCCUCACCGGGAAGUGGAAACAUUGCGCCGACAUAAACUGGUGGCGGCCGUAGAGUGUCCUGCCGAGCGGCUGUGCGGGCAACACCGUCUUGGACUGCAGCCGCGAACCGGCGGGGACGAACCGGAUGAGACCGCGGUUGAGUGGACUGGAGAUUGUCUGCUGUGUGAGGCCGAUCGGGAGGAGGUGCAUCCCGGGGAGGCUCAGAGGGCCCGAAGACAGGUUCAGCUUCAGGAGUCCCAGAGGAAAGUUCAGGGCAAAAUCCGAAGCUGUGAGCGGGAGCUGGGGGAGCUCCAGCAGAGUUUGGAUUCUCUCAAGGCGUCAGCUUCAGCCAUUUUGGAGGACAGUGAGGCGCUUUUUGCUGACAUGGCAAUCCGACUGGAGAAGACCAAAGCUGAGGUGCGAAUGCGCGUGGAGGCUCGUGAGCGAGCUUUGGCCAGUCAAGCUGAGCGAGAUGUGGAGACACUGGAGAAAGAUCUGGAAGAACUAAGGAAACGAGACCAGGAUAUUGGACAACUUUUGCUGACUGAAGAUAACGGUCACUUUCUACAGGCAGCACCGCUUCUGUGCCUUCCAGUUCCAGCCGCGACACGGCCCCUGGUGACGUCCAACACCCCAGCGGAGGCCUUCAGUGGAGCCAGGAAGGUCCUUGGAAGACUACGUAGCCGCCUGGAGGAGAUCUGUCGUGAGGAGGUGGACUCCAUCAGCAGAGCGGGUGUUGUAAACAUGGCUGCAGAAAAUGUAAAGCCUCAACAUUCCCCUGGACGCUCGCGACAAGAUGACACUCAGGCAUUUCCGUCGCCAUUUCCUUUGCCCUCGUUGCCUCUACAGCCGGCUGACCAAAGGAUGAGGGCCGUCUUCCUCAGGUUUUCCUGUCAUCUGUCCUUGGACGAGGACACUGCUCACCCCACCCUGGUUCUGUUCGACGGUGGCCAGGGUGCCCAUUGUGGUGAGGAGCUUCAGUCGUACCCGACUCACCCCCAGCGCUUCGACUCAGUGGCUCAGGUCCUAUGCCGUGAGGGGCAGUUUGGCGAUGCCAGCUACUGGGAGGUAGAAUGGCGGGGCGGCGGAUGGAUUGACAUUGGUGCUACUUACAGGCGGAUUGGGCGCAAGGGGGGUGGAAAACCGUGCUUGCUGGGCCGUAACGAGAAUUCUUGGAGGCUCCGCUGUACACACGCCGGUUAUGCCGCCUGGCACGACAACCGCAAGACCACUGUGGCCGCACCACCGUGCCCACGCAUCGGCGUCUUCCUGGAGCGCCACAAAGGGGCGCUGUCCUUCUACAGCGUGUCCGACAGCAUGGUGCUUCUGCACACCUUCAAGUGUGCCUUCUCGCAACCUAUUUACCCAGCCUUCCGUUUGGACUUGGACUCUACCCUUCUCCUCUGCCCUCAAGAGGCGCCUCCGGCAGGUCACUAAAGCUGAUGUAGUUCUUAUUUUCCAAAAUACAGGAAACCCCUGCAUAUUAGUGGUUGGCAUUUGCAGUUUGGUGUUCGUCGUCUUAAUAUAAGAAUAUUGCUUUGGCACCAACUGGUGGCAUCUUGAUGCAAAGCAAACAUUUUGAAUUGAGGGGGAGGAUUAGGAACUUCAUUUUUACCCUCUUCUAAUUAAUAAAAAGUGAUUUGCUACAGUAUAUACCGGUAUAUGAUUUUGUAUAUUUAAUUGCAAACCUUUUUGCGUGGGUGCCAAUCAGUCGCAGUCAGGCGGGCGUUGCCAUUCCCUAGAAAUAGCAGGGGUUCACUUUCCAUAAAAAACACAGACAGUAGGUAUAAGGCAUUGCUUCUCAAAGUGUGUCACGGACACCACCGUUGUAAGGCAGACUCCUGAGGUGCUGGGAUCAGCAACUUGUGUCUCUUAGCGCUUCACAAGUGGCUCCUUGGAGCCUUUUCAAAAAGUUUGAAAAUGGAAAAAGAUGGGAAAGGGAAAUGUAUUUUUUUGUUUAAUUUGUUUUUUGAAGUUGGACAAACCUGAAUUCCUUCAAAUUCAUUAAUAUUGUAAUGAAAUUAAACUUGAGGCGGCAUCGUACAACAAUGUAGUCACGUGGUGCGUCAUUAUGAUCAUGAUGGACUGCAGGAAAAAUAAACAUUUAAUCAUAAAGGUUCAUUAUGUAUUUGUAGCCAAUUUAGUCAUUUCGAUUGUAGGCUAAUACAGUGAUCCCUUGUUUUUCGUGGUUAAUGGGGACCAGAGCCCGCUACAAUAAGUGAAAAACCGCGAAGUGGUGCCCCCCAACCAAAAAACAAAACAAAAAAACAUUCUUUUUGUGUGUGUGUGUUCAAUGUAUUUAUUCAAAUUUAGCAUUGGAAGUAGAUACAGUGGGGAGAACAAGUAUUUGAUACACUACCAAUGGGUUUUCCCAUUGGCAGUGUAUCAAAUACUUGCUCUCCCCACUGUAUAAGAGAUAUUUAAUUAACUGUCCCACAGUAGUGUUACUGUCCCACCAAAUUAUUUCUAAACAAGAAUAAAGUAGAAAAAUGUCUAAAAUUUCUAAAAAUCUUGAUUAAAUGCUUCACUGAGUGAGUCCACUCAAAUCCACUCAAGCUGCUCACAAUGAGUUGCCAAAGCAACUGUUUAACAAGUUAAAUGAUGAUUGACGCAUGCGGCGCUUUGAAGUUUCAGCUUCCAGGCAUCUCUGGCAAGAUCAAACCUUAACGUAUCUCAAUCAUCUUUAACUUUUAUAAGCAACUCCUGUGCACUGCCUGACCCCCCCCCAAAAAAAAUGGGGCAGGAGGAGGAGUGAGACUACGUGAUCGGAUCGGAACAUCAUAUUCAUUUAUUAAUUGGGGGGAGGGGGGGUCGCAAUGGACCGAGGGCGCGAAGUUUGAAGUGCAAAAUAGCGAUGGAUCACUGUUUAGCUAAUAUAGAUACAUACACAUACAGCAUGUGUUCUUGUCAUUGUAAGGCUUACAUAAGGCUUUUAAUUUUUGCGGCUAAAGACAUUUGAUUUUUGUUUUUUCGGUCAACAUUUUGGGUUGCCGACCCCUGCUAUAGUGGUAUACGAAAGAUUGACUGAAGAUAGUAUACUAUAUAUCUUAAAAGAAAAUGCAAUCUGAAUAUUUAUGGUUCCCUAAUUUAAACAUCACCUAUAUGGCCAGAGUUUAACAGGAAACAUUAAAUUAUUUCCAUUACUUCCUACCAAAGAUUUUAUUUCAAGUGACCUGUGUUGGACAUUAUGGAGUAAAAGAAAACCACGACACAACAAGCUCAGGUGAAUUUAACGCCCUGGACACAGAUCAUAUGACCGAGUACUGUGCCUUUCAACCAAAUAUAAUGGAACUUAGUAUGACUUACUCAUGAAUAUGCAACUAUUACACUAGCGUCUACAUUCACUAGCCACUUCAUUAGGUACUCCAACUCAUAAGACCACAAACUUGGACUGUGUGACAUGUUAUGUCCAAUGGCUUUGUUUUAAAGGCAUUAAUUGAACGUGUUUUGAUUAUUGUGGUUGUAGUUUGCAGUGGCAUGUUGAAAGCCAAGCUGUGUUUAAAACAUCCCGUGAAGUGUAUUAGCUCCACUGAACUGCCUUAUUUCUUCACACUAAAAUGUCAUAAAACUGUUUCAGUAGUUCAGGGGUCCCCAAACUAUGGCCCGCGGGCCUGUUACGGCCCGCCUCCACAUUUGGUCCAGCCCCCUGAACAAUACCAGAGAGCAUUUUGAUUUUUUUUUUUUUUUCCAAUAGUGUUAUUUAUUUCCUGGCUUUUUUUCUGUGAAGAACCCAGAGAGAGUUAUUUGGUUAUUAUCUAUUUAACUAAUAGUGUUAUUAUUAUAUUAUAUUAUAUUUUUUAUUUUAUUUACUUUCGUUACGUGAAGAAUCCAGAAAGGCUUAUAUGAUUGUGGCUUUCUGACAAACAAUAAUUUUUUACAUUUAGGCACUCCUGCAAUCGUCACACUUUUUCUGUUACAAACUGACCCCGGCCCCUCAUCAGAGAAGGGAAAAGUUAUGUGGCCCUCACAGGAAAAGUUUGGGGACCCCUGCUGUAGUUUGUUGCAUGUUUCAAUGUUGACAGAUUUAUUAUAAGGCCUAAUAAAGCAAUCCAUCGAUGCCUCAAAUGUUUGGUUCAUUUAUUCUGAAUGUUUAUUAGUUGUACACAUGUUUGAGUAAUUGAACUAUUUUGAGGGCAGUUCAUACAGUAGCAACCGAUUGUUCUGUUCUCCAAUUUACUGUAGAAAAAUAUGAACAAUGUCACUGUCCAAUUAAAAAAAAACAAAAAACAUUUUUUUUCUUCUUAUCUGAAACAUUUAACAAAUGUUUACCUUUUGGUUUGAUAAAAAAAAAUUUGAAAGCAUGAAGUGUUUUUCAUUGGACAGAGUCAUUGUCAUUUGCUGCAUUAUUACUACUUAAGGGAGAUGGUAUCCCUACGCUACAACAAUUUACUUUGAAGAAAUGCUCCUGACCAUAGGAAUUCUGUACCUUUUGUUUUUGUUUGAAUUAAAGCAAAGGUAUGUAAAAUAUUCAAAUUUGU